CUCAUGCAGGUUCCAGUUCCCAGCCUCAUCAUUCAGGAAGUUCCUCAAACGGUAAAACGUCGUUUGAACCAUUCUUCAGCACUGAUCAACUGAAGAUCUGGCCCCUCUUGACCCCUGGCACAAGCUCCGGCCGCCUUCAGCUGCGCCGCUGUAUCGGACUCGGUGGCUUUCUCGCCAAAAUAUCGUCCACCAGUGAUCUGCGUGAACCCGAACAUCAAUUUCGCAUCUUCGAGCUCAUGGAUCCCAUGCGUAUCGAAGGCUUCCCAGGAUGGCAUGAGAGGAUCGUAGCGGGAUUUUUUCCCGGUCACUGAAAUCUUGUCAAUAACCGCCGGCAGGCUAUUUCCCGUUUUGUGCUUCUGCAUUGGACCAAUGCUAAUUUCUACACAUACCUUGCUGGAACGCUCCGACCAAUUCGUCAAAGCUACGAAUAUCGCUCACUCCAUGGAUGACAUGACCAUCCCACUUCUCGGGCUCCAAAAAUAGGCCGUGGAUUAUGUCACCGUAAUCGUCGGUCAUGCUGAGCCAUGGAACGUCCUCCAUCCCUCCCCACAUCGGAGCCUUAAACGUGAGGUACCCUUCUGGGUCGGGGAAGUGAGGAAAGCCACCAAAGACUGGGGCAACUUCCUUCGACAGGAAGUUCUCCAAAUACCACCCAGCGCAGAUGAAUGAGGCAGUGGAAAACUUUCCAGUUGAGCGAAUGUAAUGUUCGAUCUUGUUUUUCACUGAUCGUCACACAGAGCCAAUUAGUGAUGGACCAGAAAGGUAAAUCUGCGGGUGGCUUACUGUCCAUGGCUUUCAUUCGGACCUUUCCCCCGGUCAUUUCUGUGCAAGGAGGACCGGAGCUGAAGACGAUAUGCUUCACGCCCGCUUCAAUAGCACCAUCGAUAAUGGUCUUUCCCAUGUCAAACUCAGUGGGAGCGGUUGAGUCGGUGAAAAUCUGACGAAUCCCUAAGCAUUUGGCCCCCGCAAUGGUGGAGGGAAUAAAAAAGAAAAUAUAUGGAUAUCUAGAUGGUUACCUUGUCAUCCGAAUUGAUAUUGACGAAUGCUCCCCAGGCACCUCCAAAUGCCUGGGCCAUCUCAGCGGGAUUGAAGCCAUUAGCCCUGACGACUGUAGCACCAAGAUCAACCAGCGCCUUGCUUCUCUCUGAUUCAGGAUUGCGGGUAAUGGCGCGAACUUGGAAAUUGGCCUUGUUCCCGAGAAGGGAUCUGACAACAGAGCCACCCUGGUUGCCUGUAGCACCGAACACUGCUAUGAUUUCGGGAGAAGCCAUCGUGUACGUUGGAUAUAGAAUGAAGUUAUCGAAGUCUUGCAGAGAGUUCGACGGAGGGAAUUUUUUUUAAUCAAGAAAUGCUCUCUUUAUCAGUCGUGUUCUUUCAGCCCGCCCACCUUAGCAAUCUCCGGCAGUCCGACGGCACGGAAGGCUACUUACAUGGAUUUAUUUACUCUCCUAGGCGGGAUCCAAAUUUGAUUCACAUCUUGACAACACACUCCCAUUUCUCAAAAAUUGGGUUAAUGGCUUGAAAUGAUUAGCAAGGGACGAUGAUCAGUCACAGCCACUCAAUUAUGAGCCAAACACAUAGCAUGUUGCUUCGCAGCGAGGCGUAGCUGGCUUGUAACCAAGGGGGAAAAAAAAAGAAAAGGAAAAGGAAAAAGGAAAAAAAAAGUUUGUUCAAAGAGAAUAAAUUGUAGAUGGAGCUUUCUUGUGACAUUCUUCAAACAUAUUGCAAAUCUCCUACCCUCAAUUAGCUUUCAACACUCCUAAUGAUGGGUUCCGAAUAUAACCACCUCGUUCAACGCGGUGAUGGCUUGGGUCAACUUUUCGAAGGUCAAGCACUUCUAACUCCUGACGCACCCGCAGUUGUCGACGGCAAUUGCAUUUCGACUUACGCAGAAAUUCGCUCCCGGAGCAUACAUCUAGCAUCCCAACUCCGAAAAAACGAAAUUGCCCUGGAGGAGCCCAUUGGGAUCAUUGUUAACCCCAGCGUCAACGAUGUCAUUACUCAGAUUGCAGUAAUAUAUGCUGGGGGUAGCUGCGUUCCCCUUGACCCAAACCUUAGCGACGAGCAGCUCGAGUCCAGAUUAAAAAGGCUCAACACACGGUAUCUCAUUGUCGAUUGUGCAAAUGAAAAUCGCCUAUCGGGCUUCCAUCAAUUGGUCGUCGGCGACGAGAAAGCUGAGAAUGGAAUGUACUGCGCAGAGAUUCCGCCUGAUCUUCCUGUUUCAACGUCACUCGAACACCGCACCCAUCUAAUCCAUACGUCUGGAACCACGAGUGAGCCCAAGGCGGUCCAAAUCCUUGCUCGAUCCGUCCUGGAAGUUGUGUAUCACUUCCCCUUUGCUCCUCUAGACGCGGAAGAUGCUGUUGCACAUGUAAAUAGCACUAGCUUUGAUGUCUCCCUUGUCGACGUAUGGGCUCCUCUGUUACGAGGCGCUCGCAUCGUUCUCGUUUCCAAGAACAUCCUUCUCGACCCCUUCGCGCUGGCCGACACAGUAGAGAAGUUCCAAGUAACAGUUAUGGCCACAACAUCUGCUGUUCUAAAUCUCGCGGCUGUUGUCCAUCCAUCUGCCUUUUCUGGUCUAAAGAUGUGGAUGAUCGGAGGCGAAGUUGCUCAGCCAUCGGCAGUGAAAGCGAUCCUAGAGAACGGACCACCAGGCCAGCUAAUCAACGCUUACGGCCCCACUGAAUGCUGUGCAUUUGCCCUUGCGCACAGAGUUACCCUGGAUGAUACCAAGGAAGGCUCGAUCAGUAUCGGAAAACCUAUUGGUGCGACAUCGGCAUUCAUUCUAGAUGAGUCUCUGCGUCCUGUGAAGGACGGCGAGGUUGGAGAACUAUACCUUGGUGGGCCAGGCGUCAGCCGCGGCUAUGUGAACAACCCUCAGAAGAACUCCGAAGCGUUUGUCGAGAUUAACGGUCUGAUGGAAUCGGCGACAUCAAAGAUGUUUUAUCGCACUGGAGAUUUUGUCAGCCGGGGCCAGUCGGGUCAGAUUUUCUUCGUUGGCAGACGAGACAACCAAGUUAAAAUCCGUGGAUUCCGUAUUGAAUUGGAGGCCGUUGAGACAGCGUUGCUGAAAACGGACCGUUUCUCGGAUGCCGCUGCGUUCAAAGUCGACACUUCCGGUCAUGGAACAGGAGGAACGUUGGUUGCAUACGUGGUUCCAAGUUUUCAUUCGACGGAUACCCUCGUCGGAGUCGCCGAUAGGCUGAAGAUUAUGCUUCCGGAAUACAUGAUCCCACGUAUAGAGCUGAUCGACAAAUUGCCCCUCAAUUCCCAUGAUAAAGUCGAUCGCAAGAAACUAGUCACCAUGUACCUGGAAAAAGCCCAAUCCCAAGCAGUGUCGCUUUCAAAACACCAAGAAUCGAUGACAACCAUCUGUCGCUUACAACAGCUUUGGUGUGACACAUUAGGAUUGGGCAUAACAAAUUUUGAGGAUCACGAUGACUUUUUCCUCUUGGGCGGGACUUCUCUCCAAGCUGCUGUGUUAAUUCACCGAAUUCGAAGUGAGUUCGACAUCGAUAUCUCGACGUUAACCCUUUACGACAACUCCACACUGAUCGGGCUAGCUGCUGUAAUCGACAGCUUCAGGAAGGGAACAUUCAUUGAGAAGGACGAGCGACAACUUUGGCUGGCAGAUGCCAAACUAGGUGAAGGCAUAAGUAUUCCGAACAAAUCUCCUCUAAACUGGCGCCGCGAUACAGAAGGCCGUGUCUUCUUGACAGGUGCCACCGGCUUUGUGGGUGCAUUUUUCCUUGUACAACUACUCGAGAUGCCGGAUGUCCAUCAGGUUGGAUGUCUGGUGCGCGCUUCAAGCGUUGAGACGGGUUUCAUGCGUCUUCGCAAGAUCCUUGAGAAAUAUAAGCUCUGGAAUGAAUCCCUCAUGGCGAAAUUGCUCAUUCUUCCUGGGAACCUCGAGGACGACAAUCUGGGAUUUAGCAAAGAACGCUUUGAAGAAAUCACGGAAUGGGCGAGCGUUGUGUUCCAUUUUGGAGCCCGUGUAAACUAUAUCCAACCCUAUUCCGUUCAUCGUGCCGCCAACGUCAUUGGGACCUUGAACAUCCUACGCCUUGUUAGUACCGGGAGGCCUAAGACCCUUCAUUAUGUGUCGAGCAUCUCCUGCUUCGGGCCCACAGGUAUGAUAACCGGCGCCUCAAAAGUUUCCGAAGACGGUCCUCUUUUGCCUCACCUUGAUGCGCUGUCAUACGACCAUGGAUACGCCCAAAGCCAGUGGGUUGUCGAAUAUAUACUACAGAAUCUGAUCAGCCGGGGAUUCCCAGUAGCCAUAUACCGACCAGGAUCAGUGACCGGUCACACCGUCAGCGGUGUAGGCAACCCCGAUGAUUUCCUCUGUCGUUUGAUAAACACAUGCUUCGAGAUUGGAUGUUGCCCACUGCUUCCUGGUCAACGGAAAGACGUUGUCCCGGUUGACUAUGUCUGCUCGGCCAUUCUGCACAUUUCCUCGUCGAACAAGAACCUUGGGAAGGCAUAUCACAUAGUCCCACAUGCGUCAGAAUAUGUUUCCGUAAACGACACAUUCGAACUAAUUGCACGAUGCGCAAAUCAGAAAAUGGAAGCUCUGCCAUACUCUGAAUGGGUCGAGAAGCUUGCCAGUAAGCCGAACAGUCGUCUGAAGCCACUGCAACCAAUGUUGCAACAAAAGUAUUAUAAGGGACUCACCCGGUGGGAAAUGUAUGAGAACAUGCCAGUCUACUCGACUGAUAACACCGAGCGUGCUCUUGAGGACUACCCAGGCGGACUACCCUGUCCACCUCUCGAUGAAAAAUUAGUUCGCCUCUACCUCGCGCAGUGGGAAGACGACAAAAGCCAGGCUAGUCGAUCAAGAGCCAAGCGGCCAAGACCUGCCGACGAUGGAAUUUUGGCCACAGAGAGGGUGGGGGUGAAGCAAAUACGUGCCUCGACUGGGAGUUGAGCUUUUCAUGUAUGUCCUCAUUAUUAUUUAGGUGUUUAUUUUGGGAAUUCCGGCUUUGUGGAGACUGCAGGGAACAAGGUAACAUUGAUCGGCUAGUGAGAUAGGGCUGAAGGUGGUGGGGGAGAGAUGUUUUCAUGCCGUUUUGCUUUCAUUCCAAUGUAGUCCAUGGAGUCUAAAUUAAGGGCUGUCGAUGGAGGUAUGUGAAAGUGUAGAGAUAGGAUAGCAGCAGUCGUUGAAGUAGAUAGAAAAGUGGAACAGCUGUUGCUUCUUGUUCUUACCCUCGUGCGUCGUCAUAAUCAAACCACAACGAAAGGUUCAUUGCGACCCCCUUCACGCUCUAUGGUGCUGAUACUCACACAAAAUCGUUUGGAACUUAGGAGACGGAACAGAAAUAUUGUCUUCGACCCUCAAUCGGAAAUUCUUGCGAGGUUGGUUAGGUCUCCGUUAUAAGCACUAGUUGUCGGAUCUCCAACAAAAGAGAAGGUAAAAUUAACAUCAAGCGGG